GCCCCGCCCCGCCAGCCCUCCCUGCUCCUGUCGGCCUCCGGGAGCUGAGAAUCCCGGCACCCGCGCGCGCUCUGCGGCCAUGGAGGGACCCGGGAGCCUGUACAAGAAAGUCAAGCUGAGCAACAACGUGCAGAACUGGGGGAUGCAGAGAGCAACUAAUGUCACCUACCAAGCUCAUCAUGUCAGCAGGAACAAGAGAGGACAGGUGGUGGGGACCAGAGGUGGCUUUCGUGGUUGCACAGUUUGGCUCACAGGCUUAUCUGGAGCAGGGAAGACCACCGUGAGCAUGGCUUUGGAGGAGUACUUAGUUUGCCAUGGUAUUCCAUGCUAUACUUUGGAUGGUGACAACAUUCGUCAAGGCCUCAAUAAAAAUCUUGGCUUUAGUCCUGAAGACAGAGAAGAGAAUGUGCGACGCAUUGCAGAAGUCGCUAAGCUGUUUGCAGAUGCUGGCUUAGUAUGCAUCACAAGUUUCAUAUCGCCUUAUACUCAGGAUCGCAACAAUGCGAGGCAGAUUCAUGAGGGUGCAAGUUUACCUUUCUUUGAAGUAUUUGUCGAUGCUCCUCUGCAUGUUUGUGAACAGAGGGAUGCCAAAGGGCUCUAUAAAAAAGCACGGGCUGGAGAAAUUAAAGGUUUCACUGGGAUUGAUUCCGAAUAUGAAAAGCCAGAGGCCCCUGAGUUGGUGCUGAAGACAGACUCCUGCGAUGUGAAUGACUGUGUCCAGCAAGUUGUGGAGCUCCUGCAGGAGCGGGAUAUUGUACCUGUAGAUGCCUCUUAUGAAGUAAAAGAACUGUAUGUGCCAGAAAAUAAACUUCAUUUGGCAAAAACAGAUGCAGAAACACUACCAGCAUUGAAAAUUAAUAAAGUGGACAUGCAGUGGGUGCAGGUUUUGGCAGAAGGUUGGGCCACCCCACUGAAUGGCUUUAUGCGAGAGAGGGAGUACUUGCAGUGUCUUCAUUUUGAUUGUCUUCUGGAUGGGGGUGUCAUUAACUUGUCAGUGCCUAUAGUUCUGUCAGCGACUCAUGAAGAUAAAGAGAGGCUGGAUGGCUGUACGGCAUUUGCUCUGAUGUAUGAGGGCCGCCGUGUGGCUAUUCUUCGCAAUCCAGAGUUUUUUGAGCACAGGAAGGAGGAGCGUUGUGCCCGACAGUGGGGAACGACAUGCAAGAACCACCCCUACAUCAAGAUGGUGAUGGAACAAGGAGAUUGGCUGAUUGGAGGAGAUCUUCAAGUCUUGGACCGAAUUUAUUGGAAUGAUGGUCUUGAUCAGUAUCGUCUUACUCCUACUGAACUAAAGCAGAAGUUUAAAGAUAUGAAUGCUGAUGCUGUCUUUGCAUUUCAAUUACGCAACCCAGUGCACAACGGACAUGCUCUAUUAAUGCAAGACACCCAUAAACAACUUCUACAGAGGGGCUACCGGCGCCCUGUUCUUCUCCUGCACCCUCUGGGUGGCUGGACCAAGGAUGACGAUGUUCCUUUGAUGUGGCGAAUGAAGCAGCAUGCUGCCGUGCUGGAGGAAGGCGUCCUGAAUCCCGAAACAACGGUGGUGGCCAUCUUCCCAUCCCCCAUGAUGUAUGCUGGACCAACCGAGGUCCAGUGGCACUGCAGAGCGAGGAUGGUGGCAGGAGCCAAUUUCUACAUUGUUGGACGAGAUCCCGCUGGCAUGCCUCAUCCAGAAACGGGGAAGGACCUGUACGAGCCAACUCACGGCGCCAAAGUGCUGACAAUGGCCCCUGGCCUAAUCACUCUGGAAAUAGUUCCCUUUCGUGUUGCAGCUUACAACAAAAAAAAGAAGCAUAUGGAUUACUAUGACUCUGAACAGUGUGACAUAAUUUUCUUUCAGCCACGAAGACUUUGAAUUUAUUUCGGGAACACGAAUGCGCAAACUUGCUCGAGACGGCCAGAAGCCUCCUGAGGGUUUCAUGGCUCCCAAGGCCUGGACUGUGCUGGUGGAAUACUACAAGUCCCUGGAGAAAGCCUGAACUGCUCACCAGUCCCUCCACCUUUGACACUUCACUGAGUAACCAGAGGGGACCGCAUAGUUAGUGUUGGCAUUUCUUUGUGGUGGUGUCUGUCUGAACACCCUUCCUAAAAACAGACCAUUGUCCUUAACUUGCAUCAGUUUUGGUCUGCCUUAUGAGCUCUGUUUUGAACUAGUGUAAUACAGUGCUGAUUUUAAUGUAUCUUUUCCACUUAUUAUAGUUAAUAUUCCUAUAAUACAAUUUUAAAAUCUUGUCUUUUUAUAUUAUAUUUAUGCUUCUGUCUCAUGAUUUUUUUCAAGCUGUUAUACUAAUUGUAACCAAUAAUAUACACAUUGAAUUUCAUUUUCAUCCCUUGAAAAAGGAAAAAAAAAUCCACUAAACAAUAAACGUGGCUAGAAUUUGGGAAUUUUACAAGACAUCUGUAGCAAUUAGAUUUUUUUCUACAUUGAAAAUAUAAACUGCUUUCUUUAUUCCUUCCUUCCAAUCAGCUAUUGAUUUAUAAUCUGUUAUAAUCUAAAGUAUUCCUAUGACAUAUGUAAGACCUGAAUGAACUUUCUUUAUUCAAUAAAAUUAAACCUUUUGACUUA